CCACACUUGGAUGACUCCACAGGAGCGGUAUGUUUGUGUUGUCGUUUACUUCAGUUGUCGCUCUGUUUACCUCCCCGGGACUCCACCGGUGUCUUGUGGACUCGGAACACUUCCAGCCGCCCUCCGUCAGCCGAGCGGUGAGGAGACAAUGAGAGCAUUUCUUAAUUUUUCUGUGAACUUUCCCCUCAAGCUCGGGACUUUUAAAGUGUGUGUACGAACGUGCGAGUGUGGUAGUCCCCUCUGUCUACCUGCAGAGGGCGGAAAAGCUCCGGGGUGAAGGGGGUAUUAGUGAGGAAGAGUGAAGAUCAGGGGCUGGACUUGACUGAGGUAGAAGAGGAGGAGGAAGAGGAGGAGGAGGAGGAAGAGGGUGGUAGUCAUGCCUGUCUCCUCUGAUCCUUUGUACACACCAGAGAACACGCUGCUCUCACUCACACCCAGGACUCCUCGUGGCUGAGCCCGGCCGUCAUCCCGCGACACACCGGACCCAACCAGAGGAAGCACCGGCCGGAGGAAGAGCUCCGGGGGAAGAGGGAAGCGCAGCGAGAGGAAAGCAGCGAUGUCCGGGCUUAAAAAGAGGAACUCUAACUCUCUGACGGACCGGGAGGAGGACAAGCACGUCACCCAGAGGAUGCUCUCCCCGGGCGAGGAGAAGCGGGACCCCAGCCUCGGUGGAGAACCGGGAGGCGACGCCACGGCACCGGGGGGCGCUGCCGGUGGAGACGGAGCGGGGGACGGGGUCGCCCUGAAGAGGACCAUCACCCUGCUGAACGGCGUGGCCAUCAUCGUGGGUACCAUCAUCGGCUCCGGGAUCUUCGUGACGCCCACCGGCGUGGUGCGGGAGGCCGGCUCGGUGGGUCUGUCCCUGGUCGUGUGGUCCGUGUGCGGGGUGUUCUCCACGGUGGGCGCCCUGUGCUACGCGGAGCUGGGGACCACCAUCUCCAAGUCCGGGGGGGACUACGCCUACAUCCUGGAGGUGUACGGCUCCCUGCCCGCCUUCCUCAAGCUGUGGAUCGAGCUGCUCAUCAUCCGCCCGUCCUCCCAGUACAUCGUCGCCUACGUGUUCGCCACCUACCUCCUCAAGCCCGUGUUCCCCGACUGCCCGGUGCCGGAGAACGGGGCCAAGCUGGUGGCCUGCCUCUGCAUCCUCCUGUUGACCUUUGUGAACUGCUACAGCGUGAAGGCUGCCACCAGAGUUCAGGACUUCUUCGCCGCAGCCAAACUUCUCGCGCUCGGAAUGAUCAUCAUCAUCGGCUUUGUCAAGAUCGGCCAAGGGGGCGUAGACAGACUUCUUCCAGAAAAUUCAUUCGAAGGAUCCAAAUAUGAGUUUGGGAGCCUCGGCCUGGCUCUGUACAGUGGUCUGUUUGCCUACGGUGGUUGGAACUACUUGAAUUUUGUCACUGAGGAGAUGAUUGAACCUUACAAAAACCUUCCUCGAGCCAUCAUCAUCUCUCUGCCUAUAGUGACGGCCGUGUACGUUCUCACCAACCUGGCGUAUUUCACCACACUCUCCCCAGAUCAGAUGCUGAACUCAGAGGCCGUGGCUGUGGAUUUUGGAAACUACUACCUGGGUCCAAUGUCCUGGAUCAUCCCCGUGUUCGUAGGUCUGUCCUGCUUUGGAUCAGUCAACGGCUCCUUGUUCACAUCGUCCAGGUUGUUCUUCGUGGGCUCUCGGGAGGGUCACCUGCCCAGUCUGCUGUCAAUGAUCCACCCGACUCUGCUGACCCCACUGCCCUCACUUCUGUUCACCUGUUUGAUGACGCUGCUCUACGCCUUCUCCAACGACAUCUUCUCCGUCAUUAACUUCUUCAGCUUCUUCAACUGGCUCUGCAUCGCCAUGGCAAUCAUCGGGAUGAUGUGGCUGCGUUACAAGAAGCCCGAGCUGGAGCGACCCAUCAAGGUGAACAUUCUGCUGCCGGUGAGUUUCGUGCUGGCCUGCCUCUUCCUCAUCAUCGUCUCCUUCUGGAAAACUCCUAAGGAGUGCGCCAUCGGCUUCGGCAUCAUCGGCACCGGAGUGCCCUUCUACUUACUGGGCGUGUGGUGGAAGACCAAACCCAAGUGGCUGCUGCGUGGAAUCUUUUCGACGACGGCCUUUUGUCAGAAGGUGAUGGAGGUCGUGCCUCAGCACUAGUAGAAGACCUCGCCUUUAACUUCAGCCAGUGGCCUAUCAGAUUGAACGAACAGUGAACUCCCCUUCAGCCCCCUCUCUCUCUCUCUCUCUCUCUCUCUCUCUCUCUCUCUCUGUCUCACACACACAUCCUGUCUGCAGGGUGCUGAUAAGGACCUAAUGAAGACGGACACAUGCAGAUGUCUGUGGCCAUCAUGUCUUUGCGGCCUUCGACUAAUUUUCUUUUGUUGCUGACGUUUUUUUUGGGUUGUUUGUUUAUCGAGGACUAUUUUUAGUCACUAACUAAACGAUGUUAGUUUUUUUUAUGAUGCAUUUCAAUGUAUUUGUUUUCUGUGGAUACGUUUCUGUAGAAUAUCCUCCUACUCGGGAAACCUGUCGUAUAUAGCGUGUUGUGCCUUACGUGGCAGUCGUACUUUCUGGUGUUAAGAGCUCCGUCAAGUCUGAAACCUUCACCACUGAGCAGUUUUUCAAAAAUACUGAUGGCAACAGCUUAGCUGUUGCUUAGCAAGACGAAGUUUCUCCUCUCUAAGCUUUGUUCAUGCAGUCAUUACAGUUCUUUAGCACUUUUACGAGUUUCAUGCAGCCGGUGUUGUUUUGUCGUCAUCCACGGUUCUAUAACUAUCGGUCGUCUUAUCGUUGAGUUUUAUCUCUGCUCUUUAUUGUUGUUGUUGGUGGUUUUUAAACUUUCUGUGCUGCUGCAGGAAAUAAUCGAAGCUGAAGGCAGAUCGAAACUAUUAUUUCAUUUUUUUCAUUUUUCACGGUGACCACAAUGUUGCUUCAUCACAAAACUGUGGCUGCAGCUGGAAAGAUCGACUCCCAGUCGAGUAUGGUUAGUUCAUCUUUUUUUUAAAUUUUUAAUUCAGCGUCGGAGGGGAGGUCGAGCAGCACAUGGACGACCUUUGUCAAGUUGGGAAAAUAGCCCUGAUGAUGUCAUAGUGGGGUCAUCAGAUUUAUAUAUUGAUAACAGGAAGUGUCCAUCAGAAGCUGACCAUGUGGGAAUUUACCCAGAGAAUGAAAAGGUUCCUAGAUUUAUAUGAUGGUAAACAUAUGCUUACUACGUGCAGCCUACUGAUGUCACCUCACAGGAUUUCUGGGUAUUGAAGUUUAACUGCUACUGAGGUUACUCUGCAUUUUUUUUUUUUUUAAAUGUCAAACGAUGGCGUCUAAAUGAUCGAAAUGAUCAGAUUGUCCGACGUCCGUCUAUCUGUUCAGAGAUUUGUGUUUUGACCGUCACUGAAAAAUGGGUCAAACUGCUGUUGAGAUUUUUUUUUUUUUUUGGGUCAGUGAUGUCAUUCUCACUGUCAGGAUCAAUAAUCAAUAACUCUGAGCUCCAUUAAAGCUCCGUCACACUGAAUUUACACUGUGGCACAGCCAUGGACCUGAAACACAGCCCAGAGCAGAGUGAUGUGAAUACACCAGGGACUCUAACUAAAGAUGGACGACGUGCUUUCUCCAAUAAUGAAGCCAAAAUAUCUCCGACACGGUGGCAGCCAUUUUGAGAUUUUGAUCUUAUUUGGAGCCGGAGCCGGUUCAGUUUUAAGAUCCUGCCGAUACAAGCGCUCGACCAAUCCCGAGUCAGUCUGGAAGAGAAACACGAACGCUUGAACAUACAUCAGAGUGAUUCAAAACAGAAAUGACAGAACCCGUCUUUGAGAAACAUUUAUAUAAUCUUACUUCUUAGUUUGGUCUGUGUCCCGCCUGCUACCAAGGGGGAGGUAGGGUUUACGACCAAUACCCCAGUCCGCCACCAGGGGGCAAUCAAUAGCAUUUGGCUUCAGUUUUGGCUCAUGUCAUCCAUCUUUAUUUACACAAACCUGACAUUCUGUUUUUCAUGUUUGUAAACUCCUGAAUUAACAGACAGAUGUUGACUUUACAUUUUUAAGGUUCACUAUUUUACACUGAGUUCUUCUGUCACGCGCACAUUUCAGAGUGGGGGGGUUUGUAGGGGGGAGGGGGGUAUGUGGGGUGUGUGUGUGUGAAAGGUAAGAGUAUAAACAAUCAGAGCGACGACCACGUGCUUCGGUCCAGGGAGAGAAAAUCUGCAGAGGAAACAGGAGGAAGGAGAUUUGUCUGUCGUUGUUUUGUACAGGUGGAAAAAAGAUUUUCCGAUCACGAUGAACAGUUUUUUUAUUUUUCAUCUUUUCGUGCUGUUUUCCGUCACUCAGCUGCAGAUCAAUAAGUUAGUGCUGUAUUAUUAACGUCGACCCUCCCUCCUGCAAGCAACGGACCAAACGUCCACAACUGUGGCCAACGUCAUUUCUGUAGAGAUACCCGCCCUGCGGAGAGGCGGGUGGGUUGUUGCCAUGGAGACGGGAUAGUGGAGGGGGGUUCAUGUGUAUGUUUUAGCGGUAGUCCCUUUUCUAACACUCCAGCCAUCGCACAGAGCGGAUGGGGAAACUAACCUCAAUAGGACUGUAGAAAGUUCAUUUAUUUAUUUUUUAGGAAACCUUGUUUAUUGUUUAGCCCCUCUAACUUGUUUACAGGGCAUUUUGUGGAAAGUGCUUCUCAAAUAAAUCUGGAGUUUUUUUGUCUCA